AUGGUACUAUGCCCGUACAUCUACCUCCUGACCUCUCCCGCCUACCCACAGCAACGCCUGCAGCCCACCGAAGUAGCCUCGUCACAUUGGGUCCCCAUUCGCGCCCUUCUCUCGCCGGCUCUCCGUACACACGAAUACGCCGAUGUCUCGGCGCGUCUGGCAAAGUCUGAACUUGGUAUCAAGCGCUGGUUCCUACAAGCCAUGCUGAGCAAGAUGAUGUUUGCUGCCAUACAACUCGUACCAGCCAACUCGACGCAUUGCGCAACCAUCCCCGAUUUCAUACCCGUCGAAGCAGCGCCACAGAGUGUCACAAAUACAGUCAGAGAAGCAUUGGCAGGCCCCGAGGGUAGAUCCAGGGACCGCAAGCCUCCAUUAUUGCUAUGGGGUCUGACAUUGGGCGUCGUAAGCGAUUUUCUAGAACACAUGCCGCCACACAACGCGCUGGAGCUCUGGACAUACCCUACGUUUACCAACUGGGACGUGAGGUUCGUCAUGUGGGCCAUGUCAUACCGGUUCCGGAAGCAGAAGUCUCUGGAAAUGAGCACAGCUGCCUCGAGCGUGACAACGACGAAUAGUCAGGAUGCGACAGGACUGCCUACACAAGACUUCCCAGGUAUUGGCAGUGAAGCGCUUGGGUCUUUGGAGGAAGAGAAGCCCGGCGAGGUCGGCAUAGCUGGCUUGGGUGUAGGAAGAGGGUGGGGACAAAGCGGGAGAGCGAAGAUGAUGGCGAGAGGCGCUGCAGUCAACUCCAUGUUGGAGGGCUACUAUCCGCUUGUCAGGAGGGCGGUUGCCACGGCACUUGUUGGGCGGAUCAGUGUUGUGGCUUUGGUUGCGUUUUUGGCUUGGAAGAAGUUGGAUGUUAGAUCGCUAAGAGCACGACUGUAG